UCUACCGAUGCCAAUGAACAAACAAAUGGCUACCUUGUACACAAGGACAAUGUUUCAAAAGUUUGAGCAAGAACUAAUACAAAGUACAGCAUGUUUCCUAGAGCUCAAAACAGAGGAUGCGUGUAAAGUUGUGUUCAACGUGAGCGAAAGGAAAAAUUGGGAAACAAGAGUGGCAGAAGUCGUAUAUGUCAAAGAUUCUGACCACGCAUCGUGUAGCUGCAAAAGAUUUGAAUUUGUUGGAAUUAUUUGCAAGCACAUCCUAGCAUUGUUCAGAAGGGACCAGAUUGAAUAUAUGCCCGAUAAAUAUAUUUUGAAGAGGUGGAAGAAAACUGCGAAAUGUGGAUUGGUGUCAGAUGCAAAUGGCAACGAAAUUAAAGACUGUGCAGAUCCUGGCCUUCUAAUAAAGCGGAGUACAAUGUCUCGACUUGCUUCAGAUGUGGUUGAGGAUGCAUUAAUGAGUGAAGAAGGAUGUGAGUUACUGUCAGAGACUCUAAAAAGUUUGCAGGUGAAGUUGAAGUUGCUGAAGGAUGGACCAAGUAAUAACGAAGUUGGAGGGUCCAGCUCUCAAACACAAUAUAUGAAAGACCCUAAGAGAGUGAGGUGCAAAGGAAGGUCGAAAGGAAUAACGGGAGCAAAGGAAAAGGCAAUGAAGCGAGGGAUUAGACACUGUCGGGAGUGUGGACACAUUGGUCAUGAUAGAAGACAAUGCCCAGCCUUGAACACACCGACAUCACCGUCGAACAAUGACGAAUCAACUCCAAUACAUCGUAGUGACCCAUUAUUCGACGAUUUUGACAGGAUGCACAGACCAACUGAAUGAUUGAUAUUUGUAUUAGACGAAAUGUGGUUGUUAUGAAGAUUAAUGAUCAAGUGAAGUUUGAUAGAUUCAGUUUUUGAAUGUUAUUGUGUUUUUGUUCAUGUCCACCGAUGAGCUCUUACUAUGGCCACUGGUAAUUGAAAUGAAAAUUUGCUUGGUUUCAUUCUUCCAAGACAUUUGGAGACAUGUUAAUUUUACGUCUUCUCCCUAUUUAUAAAUUUU